CAUGAGAAGUGAUUCUCAUUGACAAUUGUACUCUCAACCCGUUAACGCGUUCCUCUUGUGCCACUGCAAGUGUGAAGUUAUGUGUUUACUUUUUGCUUACGUAAAUCCAAAUCCUCGAUCUGGGCAAUAUAAGGUGAUAGUGGUAAAUAAUAGAGAUGAAAUUUACGCAAGGCCAACAAGACCUGCUCAUGUGUGGGAAGGGAAUCCUAGUAUUAUUGCAGGGGAAGAUUUAAUGGAAGGCAGAGAGGGAGGUACAUGGCUCGGCUUAUCAAGCAGUGGAAAAAUAGCCAGCCUUUUGAAUAUUUUGCAGCCGAGAGAAGAAGCGACGAAGAACCAAAAAGAUUUAGCAAGUCGCGGCUACCUUGUGGUGAAUUACCUACGGGGUGAGAAACCUGCAUCCAAAUAUCUUCAUGAUUUAGCGACGUCGGAUUGCGAAUAUAACAAAUUUAAUCUCGUCAUCCUAGAACCUGAUCAGAAGGAUGAUGAAUUUUCAAAUAAAAGUUAUCGUCUGAUGUACUACAACAGCAGCGAAAAACGCACGGUGUGCUGCGAGCCCGGGGUACAUGGAUUUGGGAACUCGAAUCCCGCGAAACCUUUCAAGAAAGUUUGUGAGGGAGUGACCAAAAUUGAGGCAAUAAUAAAAGAAAUCGGUCCUUUGAUAGCAAAGCAGAAGGAAUUGGUUGAAUCUUUAUUCAACUUGAUGAGGAAUGAAGAACCGUAUCAUCCAGACGACGUAAUGACAGCUCAGGGAAAAGAUCUCCCGGAAAUCCUGCUGAAAAGUCUCUCCAGAAUAUUUGUCACAACUGCAAACGGGACGUACGGCACAAGAACGACAACAAUAGUGCUGGUAGGAGAGGACGACAAAGCUGUCUUCCACGAGCGUACCAUGAGGGUCCCCAUCAAUCCUACGAACCCUGUAUGGGACGAUGUUGUCCUGUACCAUGAUCUGUCCCCUCCUCGUCCCCAAUAAAUACGAUGCGGAUCCCCAUCAAUCCUACGAACCCUGUGUGGGACGAUGUCGUCCUGUACCAUGAUCUGUCCCCUCCUCGUCCCCAAUAAAUACGAUGCGGAUCCUCGUCAGUCCCACGAUGCCUGUGUGGGACGAUGUUGUCCUGUACCAUGAUCUGUCCCCUACACGUCCCCAAAAAUACGAUGCGGAUCCUUGUCAAUCCCACGAUGCCCGUGCGGGACUAUGUCGUCCUGCCCUCUGAUGUUUCCCCUCAGCGUCCCCAAAAAUACGAUUUGGGUCCCUACCAGCCCAGUGAGGGACAAUAUCGUCAUGCCCACUGAACUUUAUUUUAAACUUUCAUUUCAAUAUUCUUCACCCAGUUCAGGGUCGAGUUACUUAUCAUAUAUACAGGCAUUGGUGUUGUUUGUACAUGAUGGACGUACCCCAACCGGAAUAACUUCCCGUGUUGCGAUUGGUGUAUCUCAUUCUCCAUACUUCAUCAAUUAUAAUUAGGUGUAUAUUUCCUAUAUGUAUUAUGAUGUGCAUGAAAUUCAAAAUUACGGCGUACAAACGCAAAUUAAUGUAUUCCCACAUACCAGUCAAAUCGCAUGUUGUAGCCAAACCACUUUAGUAUUCAUUUGUUUCUAAAUAAAUUGCAAUU